AAAUAGAAACUGCACUGAAACAAGAGCUGUCUCAAUCCAAAGUGUUAUUUAUGAAAGAAAAUCCCAAUAUUUACAAAGAAGAUCUGGUAGACAUACAAUUGGCCCAUAUGGAUUUGAGUAUACUUUCAACAAAAUCCGAACCCCUUCAAACUAGCUUUGAUGUAACGGCUGAAAGAUUGCAACAGCUUGUUAAAUUCAUGAAGCAAAUUGAAAACUAUUCUGUGACUUUAAUGCGCAAAGGACCUUUCGGUAUUACAGCUGGCAAUAACAUUUUCAAGGCUACUUAUGCAAGCAUACUAUGUUUAUAUUUUGAUUUGGAAAGUUUGAAUAGUGUUGCAUCUCUUCCAUCAAAUUUAUUGGAGGCUCUUCGAGAGUCUGCGUCUACCUUAAGCAAAUUAAACAGAAAUUGGCUUCAUCCUGCACUUUAUAAUCUGUUGAGAGGUGAUAACAGUUUAUAUAGUGUAAUAUGCCAAACAUUGAAGCGUCAUGGUGAAGUGGUCGCUUUACACAAAAUGUUCCUUUUAUCAUGUGAUACCGAUAUCUAAUUUUAACUACACAUUUGUAAUAUAAUAAAUUCAAUCUGAUUAUGCCUCAUAUCUUCCUCUUGCAGACCUUGCCGCCAUGCUACGUGUGUGGAUGAGUGCUUAUUGCACAUACCCUUUUAAUCACAAUCAUGUUACAUGUUUACAUUAAUUGAAUAUAGUCAGCUGUGAUGUUGAUUCUGUGGAUGCGAUAUUGUCUCGAAAGUUUACUGUAGAACGUGGUACGACAACGCAUAACCCUAGAUCGGAACAAUCACAGAAACUCAACGUGUGUAACAAAAAAAAGGUAGGACGCGUGUGUUAAUAGCUCGAUUUCAAUUACAAUAAGCUCCAAUUCA